AUGCUCUACGUUUGUCGCCCGUCUCUACUGCAAAAAACCCAUCGAUUCUACUGUCAGCUGGUUGCUCCACUGACUGUCGCCAUGUGCGUAAGCGACGACACGAGAUUGGCGCCGUCUUCUUCGCCAAUUUUUGCUAAUUCCACUUUCGCGACAGCUUCCGACGAGGAGCGGCGGCGGCCAUUGGAUGCGUGUACGGGCGUGAGCGCGGAGUCGCCGCGGGCUCUCGCACCGAAAUUCUCCGCGGGAUGGUCACGGCUGUCGCACGCGCUGGGCGCCAGUCGCGCGCCGAGCAGCACCCGCACAGGCGGCGCCGCUGAAACACCGUCGUCCGGCGCCGCCGCCGCAUCAUCGCUCCCACCGUCAGCCGGCGCACGUCAGCAUCCGUCAACCGGCGGCACUGUCGGGUUGCCGCGGCGGGAGCCAUCAAAGGACGCGGAGCCGGCGCUUCUGCUGCUGCCUGACGGCUCCGUCCAAAUCGUGUGCUCCUCGCAGCCUUCCGCCGCACACAGCCAGACCCAGACCCAGACCCGGGCUCAAACUCCGAGGAAGAACGCCAAUGGCGCCCGUGUCUCAUCCCGCGCCGCGGCUUCGACAGACAGCUAUUCAACAACCAGCAAUUCAUUUGAGCCGAUUCCCCGCAGUGAUUCUCGGAGGGCUACACGCGUGAGCGACGUGCUUCAGGAUCACCCGGGCUGUAAGGUGGGCUCGCUGACGUCAUCGCACGGCCCCUUCCUGCGCCCGCAGCACGUGCUAAAGCCCGGCCACGUGUACUUCCUCCAGCCGCCCCUGGCGCUCCCGGCUCCCCAUGAUCAUGGAACCCCUGUUUCCGGCAAUGGCGAUGCGGACUUCGACGGCAGUGGCUCUACAGCGCUGCUUAUCCAGGACGUGGAUGCUUGUAACGAGGAUGAUUUGGAUAACGGGCGUCGUUGCCUGGAGGACGUGGUUGCAAGCUUUUCUGGGAGCUCUGGCAGGAGCGGGCACAACGGGCACUUCAAGCGUGCAGGACGCACUCUUGCUGCCCCCGUUUCCCUCUUCAUCCCUCUACCGCACCCCAUGUGCCUGUUGCAACGACGGUCUGCCGUCCGCCUCCACUUCACACUCCGCUCACUCCCUCACCCACGCACACUCCCUCCCACACUCUGUAUCUUCGGCCAUGCGUGCUCCAUCCCCAUCAGCACUCCCCCCCAUGGCUCCAACAUCCCCAUUCGCUGA